ACUCGGAUGCUGUGUCCUGUCCAUGAACGCUGUGCGCAGCUCAGGGGCGUAGGAGUACACGGGCCGUCCCUGCACAGAAGAUCUUCCGGCCAGCCGACAGAGACGGAAAAGUAGUGGAAAACCCUCUCUUUGCAGUGCAGCGGCGGCCGAUCGACACGCCAGGUCGCCAGGGCGCCUCAGCCAGCAGCAAAGCCCCAUUCUGCGACUGCAAGCGAGAUCGUGCGCGCCCGAUCUAUGCACACACGUCAAUGGCCGGCCUCCGCUUCACCGUCCUGUUGACAGCCUAUUCCUUCGGCGUCCUCCUCCUCCUCCUCCUCGCCGCCUCCGCGUCGUCGGCGUCGGCGUCACGUCCACCGGCAGUGUACUUCGUCGGCGACGAGUGGCGGACCGCUCCGGCGAGCAACGGCGGCACCCACAAGACGCUCAGCAAGUGGGCCAUGAGGCACCGCUUCUACGUCGGCGACGUCCUGGAUUUCAAGCGCUCCAACGACUCGGUGCUGCUUGUGCGCUGGCGCGACUACAAGCGGUGCAGCGCGGCGAGCCCGCCGGCGCGCCGGUUCGCGGACGGUGGCGACACCCGGUUGAAGCUCGCCCACCCGGGGCUCUUCUAUUUCAUCAGCGGCGCGCCGGCGCGCUGCGAGGCGGGGCAGCGGAUGGUCCUGCGCGUCGUGGACGCGCGCUCGUCUCUCGGCGGGGACGGCGCCCCGACCCUUGCCCCAGCGCCGGCGCCGGGGCCGUGGACGAUGGAGCCCACCAACGUCACUAAUCCGCCGUCCGACCGCCCGAUACCUGUGUGGUUCAAGCUGCUCGCGCCGGCGCUGCUAGGGUUUCUGGCCGGGUGUUCCUUCGCAGGGGUAAUCAUGUGGCUGUGUAUGAAUUGCGCCGCCGCCGUGCUAGAUAAGCUUGGAUUGUAGAAAUGGGCGAGGAACUAUGUUCACCCAGGUGGUUGAGAUCUGUCAUUGUUCGGCACUUCUUCGUCUUCUGUGCUUUAAUUUAUUAUAUGUUCGCCUUUAUUUGCUGAA